UGAGUUAACCUCGAAGGAAAGUGAUAUGGAGUUAAAGUUGAUUUUGGAAAUGUAUAGACGUGAAUUUACUGAUUCAAGGGAUGUCAUGGAAGCUACAGACUCAGAAUAUAAGGCUUGGGCCCAUGUUCAAACUUUGAAAUCCUCUCUUGAUGAGCGCAACUUGGAAUUGCGAGUCAAGACUGCAAAUGAAGCUGAGGCCAUAUCCAAGCAAAGGCUUGCCGCAGCAGAAGCUGAGAUUGCUGAGCUGAGGCAAAAAUUAGAAUCUUCCAAAAGGUUUGAUUUACAUUGA